CACACAAGAAUUUGUAUUUACUCCUUACAUAUUCAUGUUGUUUCCAUACUGCGGUCUUCAGUUGGGUGGUUAAAACGGCGAGACUUACACCAAACCAUCUACCAUAAAAUAGGUGAAAAUGGAGUAAUAUCCCUUUCUCGACACUAUUUAAACAAUAACAAGGAGGAGUGAUUCAAAUUACGGCGGGUUCUUCAUUUCGUAAUCUCUAAUUGCUCAAUUUUCUGCUCAAUCUCUGAAUUAAUGGAUUGCGAAAUUCUCAAAGAGAGGUAUAUUGAAGCCUGUAGGAGGCAAGGAAUUCUACCAAAUAAAGGAAUUUGCUCAUCGCUCUUAAUGGGUAGGAUGAAGAUUUCCCAACAUGAGCCAUUUUCUCUAGAGUUUUCCUUGGAUAAUCUAAAAGAUUGUGAUUUUCUUCCCCUUUUUGAGUUGUUCGUUGACAUUGAUGACUCUGCCAUUCAUCGGAUUGACAUUUAUAACAAAAAAAUUUGUGUCAUGAAUGGAGCUUAUGUAUUGUCUUUAUUGCGCGCAUUGAGCAAGAAGCUUCAUGUUGUCCACUUAAAUGACUUGUCACUAGAAAGGGGUUUCUUGAGGGAUUUAUUCAAGAGGGGUUUGACUUGCAAAGAGCUACACCUCAGAUCUUCCCACCUUAGACAACUUAAUCUCACUGGAAGUUUUCUGCAGCUGCAGACUCUUAAUUUGGAUUUUAAUACAUCACUAACUAGCUUCCAGGAGACUUGUUCAUCUAGUAUGCCAAAUUUGAAGCACCUAUCUCUGUGUGCAACAAGGGUUUCUAAUCUUUGGACAACUGUCUCUGCUUUGUCAAAGCUUCCUUCUCUAAUUGAACUUCGUUUCCAGAAUUGUUUAUGCUGUAAAAAUACUGGUCCCUGUCCUAAAUCACCUUCUCCAAGGACACAUGGUAGCAAUUGGACUGGAUAUUAUGAUGAUUUAUAUGCAAGAACAUCAUUAAGACAGAGUUUAUUGUUUAACCUACCUCAUUCAUACCCAGAGGACACACUUGAAGACACAUCUGUAAUUGAAGAUGCUAGUUUUACUGAAAACUCUCAUUGGCCAAGAGAAGACUUUGAAGAAAUUUAUGAAGGCGAUUUACCAAAUUUUUAUCAGGAGCUUAGUUUUCCUGACUGUUUGUCUGAUGCUCUCCAUAAUGUUGAUCUGUUGAACAAUGUGGUUUCUUCGGAGACUCUUACAUAUGAAGAUGGAGAUUUCUUAUCAAGUGGCUCUUAUAGGAAUCAGGGUUUGUCUUUUGAUGAUUCUGAGAAAAGGAAGUAUUCGGCUCAUCAUCCUUCACCAAUCUGUUUUGAGAAACACUACAGGGAUUUUAUCAUUGCUUCACUUCCUCAGUUGCAAGUUCUAGAUAAUUUACCUGCUGAUGACAAUGACAAGGAAACAGCAAAGUUUAGAUUCUUAAAAUAUUUUGAAUACUUACCUUACAGAAGAAGGCAAAAAGAGAGUGUUGUAAGCAUCUUGAAUAAGCGAGAAAUUAACAAUAGACAUACUAAUUUGUGCAAACAUGUAUCGUCCUGUCUGCCUGUAAAGUCUUCUCAGUAUCAUACUAGAUCUCUUGUAGCUGCUAAGGUGGGUGCAUCUGCAUGGCCAUUGCUGCGCCCUCUGUCAACUUCUGGUUAUGUUUUUGGAGAUGAAAAUAGAAGUUUUCGCCCAAGGCAGUUUGAAUACCAUCCAUCUGACUCAGGCUUGAUGGCCUUUGGAACUCUUGAUGGUGAGGUUGUUGUUGUGAACCAUGAAAAUGCAAGUAUAUUCAGUUAUAUACCAUCUCUUGGGGCAAUGAACAGUGUUUUGGGCCUUUGCUGGCUCAAAAAAUACCCGUCCAAGCUCAUUGCUGGAUCGGAUAAUGGUUCAUUGAGAUUGUAUGAUGUCCAACAAUGGCAAUCGGCAGGUACAGGAAGGAAUUUUAAUGCCUAUGAUGACUUUGAUCAACUUACUUCUGUUCAUGUCAAUGCAACUGAUGAAUUGUUUAUUGUGAGUGGAUAUUCAAAAAAUGUUGCCUUAUACGAUAUCAACACUGGAAAACACAUAGAUGUAUUCAGCGAUAUGCAUCAACGGCAUAUCAACGUUGCAAAGUUUUCAAAUCAUUCUCCAUCUGUGUUUGCUACUUCAUCAUUUGAUCGUGACGUCAAAAUGUGGGAUCUAAGGCAAGGAUUGCUUCAGCCUUGCUUUACAGCAUCAAGUAGCCAUGGAAAUGUGAUGGUCUGCUUUUCGCAUGAUGACCAUUGUCUUCUUGUAUCAGCCAUUGACAAUGAGGUUAAGCAGCUUUCAGCAAUUGAUGGGAGAGUCCUGUUGGAUUUAGAGAUAGCACCCACAGGAAGUACACAAAAUUACACUCGAUCGUACUACAUGAAUGGAAGAGACUAUAUCAUCAGUGGGAGCUGUGAUGAGAACAUAGUUCGUAUUUUCUGUGCACAAACAGGAAGAAGACUUCGUGAUGUAUCUUUGGAGGGAAAACAAUCAGGCGCUUCAAUGUUUGUGCAGUCCUUGAGAGGUGAUCCUUUUAGAGAUUUCAACAUGAGCAUUUUAGCAGCAUAUAUGCGUCCCAACGCGAAGUCUGACAUUAUCAAGGUGAACUUGCUGGCAUCAAGUGACUGCAGUGCAGAUGCCUCGGAUGAUGAGACUUAUCUUCCGUCCUUCAGUAUGGGUGGCUGAUCACUUAUCUACUUGUACUUCUUGAGUUUGUUCCAUUAUCCUUAAUGAAUAAUUCGUGUAUUAUAGUUUUAAAGUUUAAGACUUUUGAAAAUUACAGUUUUAGUGUUUA